AUGGCAGAGCAACAAACGUCAACAUACAAGAUCCGCUACGCCACGGAGCGCGACGUGCCCGUGAUUUUACACUUGAUCCGCGAGCUCGCUAUCUACGAGAAAGCGCUCGACGAAGUCUUCGCCACGGAGCAGAAGCUCCGGGAGUCGCUCUCGUUCCCAGUUGACCCCAAGGACCUGGACAAGGGCUUCACAGACGGCUAUGCGAAGACGCUGUUGAUCUGUCCUGUUUCUAACAAAGAAGAUCAGAAGGAGGACGAGGAGGAGGUCGCCGGCAUGGCCCUGUACUUCCACAACUACUCGACCUGGCACGCCCGGCCGGGCAUCUACCUGGAGGACCUGUUCGUGCACCCGACGUACCGGGGCCGGGGGUACGGCACGGCGCUAAUCCGCGCCCUCGCCCGCGAAUGCCAAAGGCUCAACUGCCGCCGCCUGGAGUGGUCCGUCUUGAAGUGGAAUACCCCGAGUAUCGACUUUUACCAGGGCAGCAGCGUCGGCGCCACGAGGAUGGAGGAGUGGGUGGGCAUGAGGGUCGAGGGGGAGCGGUUGGAGCGGUUGAGCAAGAUGGUGGAGGGGAAUUAA